GCAGGCAGCGCGGCGGGCAGCCCCGGCUCCCGCGAGGCCCCGGCGCGAUGGCCGCUCUGAGCGCGGCGCUGCGGGGAGCGCGCGGCCGCUGCGGGGCGCGGCUGCGGGCGCUGGGCGCGGGGGCGCGGGCCGCGGCGACGGGCGCAGCAGCAGAGAAGCAGGACUUUGAUCUCCUGGUGAUUGGAGGGGGAUCCGGUGGCCUCGCCUGUGCCAAGGAAGCUGCUCAGCUGGGCAAGAAGGUGGCGGUGCUGGACUAUGUGGACCCUUCUCCCCGAGGUACCCGCUGGGGGCUCGGCGGCACUUGUGUGAAUGUCGGCUGCAUCCCCAAGAAGCUGAUGCACCAGGCGGCACUGCUGGGUGGCAUGUUGCAGGACGCCCCCCACUAUGGCUGGGAGGUGGCCCCGCCAGCCCGGCAUGACUGGGGGAAAAUGGCGGAAGCUGUUCAGAACCACGUGAGGUCCCUGAACUGGGGACACCGGGUCCAGCUGCAGGACAGAAAAGUCAAGUACUUUAACCUUAAAGCCAGAUUCGUCGAUAAGCACACAGUCUGCGGGGCUGCGAAAGGUGGGAAAGAGAUGCUGCUCUCAGCCCAGCACAUUGUCAUUGCCACUGGAGGGCGGCCCAGGUACCCUGAGCAGAUCGAAGGCGCUCUGGAAUAUGGAAUCACCAGCGAUGACAUCUUCUGGCUGAAGGAAUCUCCAGGGAAGACGUUGGUGGUCGGGGCCAGCUACGUGGCCCUGGAGUGUGCCGGCUUCCUCACCGGGAUAGGCCUGGACGCCACGGUCAUGAUGCGCAGCGUCCCCCUCCGCGGCUUCGACCAGCAAAUGUCUUCUUUGGUCACGGAGUACAUGGAGUCGCAUGGCACCCACUUUCUGAGAGGCUGUAUUCCCUCCAAAGUGACAAGGCUCCCCAGUGGCCAGCUGGAAGUCACCUGGGAGGACCGUGCGUCCGGCAAGAAGGACACAGGCACCUUUGACACUGUUCUGUGGGCCAUAGGUCGAGUUCCAGAGACCAGAGGCCUGAGCUUGGAGAAGGCUGGUGUGAGCACUAACCCCAGCAAUCAGAAGAUCGUGGUCGAUGCCACAGAAGCCACGUCCGUCCCCCACAUCUACGCCAUCGGAGACGUGGCAGAGGGCCGGCCCGAGCUUACCCCCACCGCCAUCAUGGCUGGGAAGCUCUUGGCACAGAGGCUAUGCGGUCAGUCCUCGGCCCUGAUGGACUAUGACAACGUGCCCACAACCGUCUUCACCCCUCUGGAGUACGGCUGCGUGGGACUGUCGGAGGAGGAAGCCGUAGCCCGCCACGGACAGGAAGGCGUGGAGGUUUACCAUGCACAUUACAAGCCACUGGAGUUCACGGUGGCCCAGCGGGAUGCCACCCAGUGCUACAUCAAGAUGGUGUGUCUGCGGGAGCCCCCACAGCUGGUGCUGGGCCUGCACUUCCUUGGCCCCAACGCAGGCGAAGUGACUCAAGGAUUUGCUCUGGGGAUCAAGUGUGGAGCCUCCUACGCGCAGGUGAUGCAGACGGUGGGCAUCCACCCAACCUGCGCCGAGGAGGUGGCCAAACUGCACAUCUCCAAGCGCUCAGGCCUGGACCCCACGGUGACAGGCUGCUGAGGGUAAGCCACCAUCCCUGCCAGGCCGGGCAUCUGCACACCCGCCACCCCCCCCGCCAGGCUCCUCCACGGCCCGGACCCAGGACACUGGGGGCGCCUCGAGCCCGUCUGCGUGGGGCGGAGCAUCUGGACUGACUGCCCACAUGGCCUGCAGGGAUGGCCCUGAGCCCCCACACUGCACCUCCCCGCCUCUCCCGCCUGGGGCUCCCCCAGGCCCCCGAUGCCAGACAAUGACGACUUGCGCAGAAACCCGCCCGCGGGCUGCCCACGUCCGAGCCCCUCUCUGGCAUCUGUGGAUUCCAAAUAAAGAGGGCAUUUCCCUGACACGUA